UCUAUAUAAGGAGAGAUGGUUAUCAGUUUCCGGCAACAACAUUCAAUGGCUAUCUUGGUAUCUCUUCUCUUCUUCCCCAUUUUUCUUCUAAUCCUCUUUGGAUUCAAUAGAGCUCAAUACAAAAAAUAUAAUUACCCACCUUCUCCAUUCAAGCUUCCGUUCAUCGGAAACCUCCACCAGAUGGGUUCCCUACCACACCUCUCUCUCCAAGCCUUAUCUAAAAAAUAUGGCCCACUAAUGCUUCUCCACGUGGGCAGAACCCCCACUCUCGUUGUUUCAACAGCUGAGAUGGCUGAAGAGGUCUUGAAAACCAACGAUCUUGUAUUUUCAAGCCGGCCAUCUUUCUAUGCAGCAAAGACACUUCUCUAUGAUUGCACUGACGUGUCCAUGGCAGCCUACGGUGAGUACUGGAGGCAAGUGAGGAAAAUCUGCGUCACCGAGCUUUUAAGUGUUAAGAGAGUGCAGUCAUUUGCGUUUAUUAGGAAAGAGGAAAUUGCGAAUAUUGUCAAGGAUAUUAGGGCUUCAUGUUCGAUCUCAGAUGUUAAUAUAACCAAGAUGUUUCUCACUCUAUCAAGCAGCAUUAUAUCAAGGGUUGCUUUCGGGAAGAAAUACAUAGAAGGAGAUAAUACUGGAAAGAAUACGUUUCCUGAUCUGGCUAGGGAACUGCCACUCCUCCUAGGAGCAUUCAGUGUGGGGGAUCUUUUCCCAUUGUUUGGAUAUUUGGAUGUUGUGACUGGCUUGGAUGCAAGAUUAAAGAGGAAUUUUCGAGGCUUGGAUAGUUUCUUUGAUCAAGUGAUCGAGGACCAUCUCAUUUACAAGACCGGAGAUGUAAACGACGAACACAAAGACUUUGUGGAUAUAUUGCUCCACGUUCAAAAGGAAACCACGACCGGCGUCCAAAUCUCCAAAGAUAACAUCAAAGCCAUUAUCUUGGACAUGUACGUUGGAGCGACUGGAACGACAGCAACCACCUUAGAAUGGGCCAUGACUGAGCUUAUUAAGAGUCCCAAAGCGCUGGUGAAAGCUCAAGCAGAGAUAAGAAGCGUGAUUGGGAGAAAAAUGAAAGUGGAAGAGAAGGACCUUCUUCAGAUGGACUACUUGAAAUACAUAAUUAAGGAGACUUUGCGACUUCACCCUCCUGCACCCCUAUUAAUUCCACAUGAAUCCACAUCAAGGGUGAUGCUAAAAGGCUAUGUUAUCCCUCCAAAAACAACUAUCUUGGUUAAUGCAUCUGCCAUUGGGAGGGACCCUACAUUAUGGGAAAAUGCUAAUGAGUUUCUCCCAGAGAGAUUUGUCAACAACCCAGUUGACUUCAAAGGAAAUGAUUUUCAAUUAAUUCCUUUCGGGGCAGGGAGGAGGAUUUGCCCUGGAAUUUCAUUUGUCAACCAUACUAUGGAGCUUGCUCUUGCCAAUCUUUUAUAUUGGUUUGAUUGGGAGUUUGCUGGGGAUGCAAAUAAGGAUAUCGACAUGAGUGAAGCUCCAGGGUUGGCUAUUCAUAAGAAAAUUCCUCUUCAUCUUAUUCCAACAUAUCAUUUUUUUUAAGUUGUUUAGACAUUUGCUGCUUACAAACUGGGUUAUCCUACUAGUUAUAGUGGCUAUGUUUGGCUAUGUUAUGUAAGAAGGAGUAUAUAGACAUGAGUGAAGCUUCCGGGUUGGCUACUCAUAAGAAAUGUUUUUCUUCAUUAUCUUUCGAUGUAUUGCUAUUUUAUGUAAGAAAAUAAGGAGGAUCUAGACAUGAGUGAAACUUCAUGGUUGGCUGCUAAUAAGAAAUUUUCUCUUCAUCUUUUUCCAAUAUAUCAUUUUUCUUAAGUUGUUCAGAAUUUACUCAAGUUGUUCAGACAUUCUGCUUACAAACUAGAGUUAUCCUAUUAGUUUUGUAGCUAGGUUAUAUAAUAGUCUUUAGUUUUGUU